CUGAGUUAAAUAAUUUAUUUCUCUCACCUCCAUUCUUCCCCUGCAAAGUGAAAAGUCCCUUAACCCACCUUGAUAACAAGGCCUGAAAUACCUGAUAUCAUCACAAGACCAACCUGUUUUUGGCCUUCAUCCCAUCGACAACUUCGUCAUUUCACCCAAGUUUCAAUUCGACCAAGUCGCGCAAAGUUUCCUCUAUUAAGCCUUGGAUUUUUUUUGUGUGUGAUAUCUUAACAAUCGCCCAUCGUUGGUGGUUCUUUGUCGAAUGCGACAUUAUGGAAGCUCUACAGCUAGCACAGAUGCUGGCUGAUCUCAACGAUCUCCAAGCUACUCAAGAUCAAUCCGCCUCAAAGGAUCUUUUGAGCGCCAACCGGGCGCUCGAUCGUAAAAGCCAACUGCGGCUGGAGCAUGAGCCCAGAAGCCUCAGCGUCCCGGUCGCCGAAAACAGGAUGAACUCACCUGCCGGACGCAUGACAGACAAGUUCGGCCGUCGCAUGCUCACACCACCAUUGACUAGAACAAACUCUGCAUCUCCUUCAAUGCCUGGAAGUCCUUCUGGACAUGAGCGACCAGAUGCCGAUAUUGAUAGAGCCUCCACGCUCCUCUCCCUGUAUGAAAUCCGGGCCAAAUUGAGAGAGCAAGACAACAGCGGCUUGAUGAAGGCCCGCGAGAAAAUCAAUGCUCUAGCUGCGAAGCAACAGGUCCAGGUGACCGAGCAGCACAAAAAUGACCGGAGAGCGGCAAACCGACUAAGCUACCCCAAGUGAAUAUACAACAACAACAACAACACAGCUCGACUGAAUUCUCGGGAUACUCUUACGAACAACUGCAUCAUGGUUAUCAUAGGCGUUACAAAAGGAUCAAGUGGACGAAAUGGA